AUGCGUGAGGUCAUUAGCAUCAACGUUGGUCAGGCUGGUUGCCAAAUCGCCAACUCCUGCUGGGAGCUUUACUGCCUCGAGCACGGUAUCCAGCCUGAUGGUUACCUCACAGAGGAGCGAAAGUCCCAAGACCCCGAUCAGGGUUUCAGCACUUUCUUCUCCGAGACUGGUCAGGGCAAGUAUGUCCCCCGCGCCAUCUACUGUGAUUUGGAGCCCAAUGUCGUCGACGAGGUCCGCACCGGUGCCUACCGCAACCUUUUCCACCCUGAGAUGAUGAUCACUGGCAAGGAGGAUGCCUCAAACAACUACGCCCGUGGUCACUACACCGUCGGAAAGGAGCUCAUCGAUGGCGUCCUCGACAAGAUUCGCCGUGUUGCCGACAACUGUGUUGGCCUCCAGGGCUUCCUCGUGUUCCACUCUUUCGGUGGAGGUACUGGUUCUGGUUUUGGCGCUCUCCUGAUGGAGCGUCUGUCGGUCGACUAUGGCAAGAAGAGCAAGCUGGAGUUCUGUGUUUAUCCCGCGCCCCAGACUGCCACAUCCGUUGUCGAGCCAUACAACUCUAUCCUUACCACACACACCACCCUUGAGCACUCUGAUUGCUCUUUCAUGGUUGACAAUGAGGCUAUUUACGACAUCUGCCGCCGAAACCUCGGUCUCGAGCGCCCUAACUACGAGAACCUCAACCGUCUCAUUGCUCAGGUCGUCUCUUCUAUUACUGCCUCUUUGCGAUUCGAUGGAUCCCUGAACGUCGACUUGAACGAAUUCCAGACCAACUUGGUUCCUUACCCCAGAAUUCACUUCCCUCUGGUCGCCUACGCCCCGGUCAUCUCCGCUGCUAAGGCUGCCCACGAAGCCAACUCCGUCCAAGAGAUGACAAUGUCUUGCUUCGAGCCUAACAACCAGAUGGUCAAGUGUGACCCCCGUCACGGCAAGUACAUGGCUACCUGCUUGCUGUACCGUGGUGACGUCGUUCCCAACGACGCCCAUGCUGCUGUUGCCACACUGAAGACCAAGCGAACUAUCCAGUUCGUCGAUUGGUGCCCCACUGGUUUCAAGCUUGGUAUCUGCUACCAGGCCCCCGAGAAUGUGCCUAACGGUGACCUCGCCAAGGUCAGCCGCGCUGUCUGCAUGCUCUCUAAUACUACCGCCAUCGCUGAGGCAUGGUCUUCACUUUCUCUCAAGUUCGAUCUCAUGCACUCCAAGCGUGCCUUCGUCCACUGGUACGUCGGUGAAGGUAUGGAGGAAGGCGAGUUCUCUGAGGCUCGUGAGGAUCUUGCUGCCCUGGAGCGCGAUUACGAGGAGGUCGCCACCGACUCCAUGGGUGAGGAGGAGCUCGAGGCUGAGUACUAA